UGGAAAGGUAGUAUGAAAGUAGGACCGAGAUUCCUCUUUGAUUCAAUGUGGAAGAUAGACUAUAGCACCCAGGGGGCACUUUCGUCUGCAAGCAGCAACUAAGUGCGUGCAACCAAGGAGCUUGCAGCAGCAACUUACCUUUCCCUUUUAUAAAUUGCAGCAUAUCAAUAGUACAAAAAUCAGACCACGCAGCCUAUUGAAGAAGUAGCACAACAUGUGUGACACACCGAGAAGGCUCCUAGCCAUUGUUGCCGUGGCCUCUCUUUUGAACUUCACUGCCGCUGCUUCUUCUUCUUCCUCAUCUAACACCGACGACUUACAAACGCUCCUUUGCUUGAAGCUCCAUCUCUCCAGCAGCCCUGCUGCCAGCAGGCGUCUUGGCUCAUGGGCACAGAACAGCUCCCUCCAUUUCUGCAGCUGGCCCGGCGUCACUUGCAGCAACGAGUCUCAUGUCGUCGCACUGGACCUCGAGAAGUCCAGCCUCGAUGGCCAGAUACCACCCUGCAUCGCCAACCUCACCCUCCUCUCAAGAGUCCACUUCCCGGGCAAUCUGCUUAGCGGCCACAUUCCGGCGCAGCUUGGUGACCUCAGCAGGUUGACCUACCUUAACCUCAGCUACAAUAGCCUCACCGGUUCAAUCCCCAGCACCCUGUCUUCCACCACAUCCCCCCAGCUCCAGGUGAUUGAUCUUGGCAACAACCAGCUCACUGGAGACAUCCCAGAAACACUCGGGGCGCUCCGCAACCUCUCUGUUCUACGCCUUGCUCGCAACAGCUUGACAGGCCACAUUCCCCUCUCGCUCGGAAGCAGCGGAUCUUCCCUUGUCUCCGUGAUUCUCACAAACAAUUCCCUCACGGGACCCGUGCCGCCGGCCCUUGCUAGCAGCUCAUCUCUUCAGGUGCUGGACCUGGUAAGAAACAACCUCGACGGAGAGAUCCCUGCUGCCCUCUUCAACAGCACAUCGCUCCAGAGACUAGCCCUUGGAUGGAACAACUUUGCGGGGUCUAUACCAGCUGUUUCAAAUGUCGACUCGCCCCUGCAGUCUCUCAUAUUGUCGGUGAAUAACCUUGCAGGCACCAUACCUUGGACUCUGGGUAAUUUCUCUUCCCUUCAGACGCUCCUUCUUGCGGCCAACAGUUUACAAGGAAGCAUCCCUGCGAGCAUAGGAGAGAUCCCAAACUUGCAAGUACUAGACAUGUCUUACAACCGCUUGUCGGGGACUGUCCCAUCCUCCCUAUACAACUUGUCUUCACUCACUUACCUUAGCUUAGCUGUCAACGAUUUCAUUGGGGGCAUUCCAUUUGACAUCGGGUACACCCUUCCAAGCAUCCAAAUUCUCAUCUUGCAAGAAAAUAACUUCCAGGGCAAAAUCCCUCUAUCUCUAGCCAAUGCGACAGAUUUUGUGUCCAUUAACCUAGGGGCUAAUGCAUUUCAUGGUGUUAUCCCUUCUUUUGGGUCCCUUCCUGCCUUAAAUGACCUGAUUCUGGCAAGUAACCAGCUCGAAGCUGGAGACUGGUCAUUCCUCUCCUCGUUGGCAAAUUGCACACAGCUGCAGGUCUUGUCUUUGGGAACCAACAUGAUGCAAGGGAAUCUGCCGAGUUCAGUUGGUAGCCUUGCAAACAGCCUGCAGGCUUUGGUGCUGCACGCAAAUAUGAUAUCUGGAAGCAUACCACCGGAGAUAGGAAACCUCACAAACCUCGCAUAUAUUAGGAUGGAGCAGAAUCAGUUUGCUGGCGAUCUCCCCGACGCGAUCGGAAACCUUGCAAACCUGACUUUCCUAAACCUGUCACGGAACAGGCUUUCAGGACGGAUUCCACUUUCAAUAGGCAAACUCCGCCAGCUGAACAAACUCCUCUUGCAAGAUAAUAAUCUCAGCGGGCCCAUUCCCAGGACGCUGGGUGAUUGUAACGGUUUAAUCACUCUCAACCUUUCAUGCAACGCCUUGAAUGAGAGCAUACCAAAAGAGCUCUUCUUCCUUGACUCCUUAUCAGAAGGUCUCGAUUUGUCCCACAACCAGCUUUCUGGGCAGAUUCCACAGGAGAUAGGUGGCUUGAUCAACAUAGGCCGACUGAAUUUUUCCAACAACUAUCUUUCUGGGCACAUUCCAACUGCUCUAGGCUCUUGUGUCCGCUUAGAGUUCCUACGCCUGGAGUCCAACUCUCUUGAUGGCAGAAUUCCGGGAUCUUUCAUCAAUUUGAGAGGUACAGUGCAAAUUGAUCUAUCACGAAACAACUUGAGUGGUGAAAUUCCAAACUUUUUUCAGUCCUUCAAUUCUUUGAGGCUCCUGAACUUGUCCUUCAACGACCUUGAGGGUCAAAUGCCACAAGGGGGGAUAUUUCAGAAUUCUAGUGAGGUAUUUGUCCAAGGGAACACGAUGUUAUGCUCUAGUUCCCCAAUGUUACAACUCCCACUUUGCGUUGCAUCAUCCAGAGACCGUCGCACUCGGCGCAAUCUAAUGAUAACUGGGAUUAGUGUGGCGGCUGUUGCGUUGGUUGCUUUCUCAUUUGUAGUAUUUAUUCUGGUGAAGAGGAGUAAGAGGUCCAAACAGUCAGAUAAUCCAUCAUUCACAGAGAUGAAGAGCUUCUCAUAUGCUGAUUUAGUCAAAGCAACAAAUGGUUUCUCUCAAGACAACUUGGUUGGCUCGGGGGCAUAUGGAGCAGUAUAUAAAGCUGUACUUGAGUCUGAAACAAUUGGAGUGGUUGCUAUCAAAGUUUUCAAGCUUGAUCAACUAGGAGCACCAAAAAGCUUCAUUGCUGAGUGUGAAGCCUUUAGAAACACUCGUCAUCAUAAUCUGGUAAGAGUAAUUUCGGUAUGCUCAACAUGGGACAACAGAGGGAAUGACUUCAAAGCUCUUAUCAUUGAAUACAUGGCUAACGGAACCCUAGAGAGCUGGAUUUAUUCAGAAACAAGAAGACCGUUGAGUUUGGGCUCCAGAGUAACAAUAGCAGUGGACAUAGCUGCUGCAUUGGACUAUUUACAUAACAGUUGCAUCCCCCCCAUGGUACAUUGUGAUUUGAAGCCUAGCAACGUGCUUCUAGAUGAUGUCAUGGGUGCCCGUCUCAGUGACUUUGGAUUAGCUAAGUUCCUUCAAAGUAAUAAUUCUUCAAGUAUUGCUUCUUCUACAAGCUUAGCAGGACCAAGAGGAUCAAUUGGAUACAUUGCACCAGAGUAUGGCAUUGGGAACAAGAUCUCAACAGGAGGCGAUGUCUACAGCUAUGGAAUUAUCAUCCUAGAAAUGCUCACGGGUAAACGGCCAACAAAUGAGUUGUUUAAUAAUGGUCUGAGCCUUCAGAAAUUUGUGGGAAGUGCAUUUCCUGAAAAGAUUGGUGAGAUACUUGAUCCGAGUGUCAUCGCAAAUUUCAGAGAUGAAGGCGUUCACAGUAGCAUAGACCAUGGAGAGCAUGCAACAGUGGGAAUGCCCAGCUGCAUUACGCAACUUGUUAAGCUUGGCCUCUCAUGCUCUAUGGAGACACCAAAAGAUCGACCGGCAAUGUCGGACGUUUACGCAGAAGUGUCCGCAAUCAAACGGGAAUAUUCAGCACUGAACCUUAAGUAGGUCACUUUUAAUUUUUUGCUCGCACGCAUGUUCUGAGAGAGUUGUAGACUUGUAGUCUAUGCUUAGUUUGCUCAAUGUGACUCCUGAGAAGUCUUUAGGUUGGGGUUCGUCGAAAUUUUGCUGUACUGCUAGUAGACAUGUCAUCAAGAAAAAUAUCAGCAAUCCAAUCCACUGUCUGAUAAAGUGCGGAAGAAAUACGCUGUCGGUCUGCAGCGUAAGGAUGACAUUGUCUGAUAUAUCCUUUUUUUUCGAGGUUGAGUCUGAUAUAUCCUGAAUGUGUUAUAUUAUACUACAAUAGUAACAAAUUAAGAUGGACAGCUGGUGAUUGCAAUUGCAAACAGGGGGUGCUACCCUGUUGUUCAGUCUGAUGAUUGUGGCUAGCAAUUGUGCUCUGUGUGCCUCACGAGAGAUCACUAGCAAUGAUGGUG